UCCGUGAUUAUGCAUCCCUACAAUUGUCCAUCUGUUGUUUGCAUUUGUUCUUUUCUGCAACUGCUCACGGAAGUCAUCCAGCUAAUCUUCGUCAUAUAUAUACACAUAAAGGUUCAUUGUGUCAGAUUUUUAUAGAUUGAUCCCUGUGUUUCCUUGUCAUUAGUUUCCCGGAUUUAUGUCAGACUAGUAGAAAAUUAAAGUGAAAAUGAACUUCCUGGCUGAACUAGACAAGAAGCAGGUGAUGUCGCCGGUGGGUUGUAUCGUCUUUAUGUUGCUCAUCUACCAGUCAACAUGUGUACAAGAAAACUGCGCGGUGUUGGAAUUUCAUAAUGUAAACAAUGGCGUUUUGACCGUCUAUGAAAACCAGACUGCAAAUGUCGCAUUUUGGAUGAAUGUGUCAGCUUGUGAUCAAACAGAUGAAUUAUUUAAAAUCAAGAUUCACACCAGAACAAAUAGUGGCAGUCUUGAAUACGAUGGAACAUUUACUUACUGGAAGGAGACUUGUACAGUCAGACCACAGAGAUGUCUUCGAUGCUCCACACCAGCAGGUCCAGCAGAGCUCUUCAGGAAAGUCAACCGAUCUCACGUGCAGAUAGAGUGGGAAUGGGACAUGAAAGACACAAAGUUUGGUAAUUUUACAACCAUUCGAAAGGAGCUAAAACUGAAUGUUUCUUAUCCACCCAGUGUCACAAAUCUCAUGGUAGAUGGGAAAGAAGCAAGAGGUAGCUUUGUCAUAAAUGAGGGUAGUGAGGUCAACAUAUCAUGUUCUUUUGAGAAAGGAAAUCCCUCCACGAACUUCCUUCUUCUGGAUAAAACAGGAAAGGAAAUAAAAUCGUCUAGUGACGAACAACAUCUGAACCUCUCGCUUGUCCUCCAAUGCAAAGACGACUGGCCCACCAUCAGAUGUCAAGGAAGUGGCUCCGAAACGAACGAAUCUGUCUCUUUGCUUGUUAAGUGCCGUCCUCAGUUUGUCGACAAAAACGCAAAGGUUGUGGAGACUGCAGCAAACAUCAAGUGGAUAUUAACCGUAAAAGCCCACACAACUGUCAUUCAAAAAUGUCUCUUGAUGUCGCUGACUUUAGGAGAGAACUCAAACAGAGAAGUCAAGUGUAGCCUGACUGGCGACCCCCCUGACCUGCUGCUGAUUGUCUCCCUUGACAAGGAGGAUGUGGCAAAGGGAGGAAACUGGGGACUGACUCUCCACAAUGAGAAAGGCUCAUCAGACACAUUAGUGUUUAGCAUACAAUCACGUGAGUAGAGUUUCAAUUACUAUUAAUAGCUUCUGUAGAAACAUUAGUGUUUAACAUACCAUCACAUGAGUGUAGUUUCUAUUACUAUUAAUAACUUCUACACAAACCUGAAAAAGUA